AUGGCUGAUGGAGCAGACACUACCGAUAACACCAUGCUGCGCGCUCAAAUGCGCCGCCUUCCUGACGUUGUUACCCUACUUACAAAAGAAGACAACACGACUGAGACGCAGGAAGGAAACAGAAAACAUGCUCUCAUUACUGAGUAUGACUGUGACCCCAGAAAACUCGCUUCAUACAACGGCGAGGCUCACUGGUGCCUCUGGAUACCCUGGCCUGUAGCAGAAUACCAACUCACGAAGCUACCCUCCCACAGCGACUCAAACAUCUACACAGUCCAAGUCGGGUGUAGAACAUAUGCCGCUAGACUUUCUGAAAAUCCUGAAGCUAUCAAGAGAGGGGUGCAGAACCAUAUUUUGGUGGUAAAGAAGAUGCGUCUGUCAUGGGGCAAAGCUACAGAGGACUUUAAUGAGGUGAACGAAGAUGAGGUGAACGAAGAUGAUCCGUCGCAAAGAAGCACAGGAUCAAGACUCUAUAACAAGAAGAAAUUGAACCGUCAUAACAAGGAAUUUCCUUCGCCGUAUGUCCCGGAUUUUGUGUCCGAGAUUAUCCAUAAGGAUCAUGAAGGAAAAGAUAUCGCAACAGCAGGAUACGUUACCGACUUCAUUCCGCCUCUCCACGCAUCCACCGCGCGUGCUCUUGUCGGUACAUUUGUCGAUUUCAGUAUUCAAGAGUCGGUAAAAAAUGACCCGAAUCUGUCAAAUGUCAGGCUACAAGUCCAACUCGGCAUGAUGGCACCUCCAGACGACCCCCUAAGCCCAAGACUCCUUUCCCGCCCCGUGUAUCUCGACCAGCUCCUGCGCGAGGCGGGGCAAUCCGUGGAAGUAUGGUGCUAUCAAAUGGGCAUAGCGCUGGCAAUCCUCCACUGGGAGUGCAGGCUAGAUGCAGCUGGCGUCAAGUUCUAUCUUGCAUCUCAGACGAAAGGUCGUACGAAGCUGUGGAUGACCAACUUUGGCGACUGCAAACCACUGCGACCAGGCCAAGACGAAUCAAAGGCGAUGGCCAAAGCUGUAAAUGAGAACCCAGUAUGGCCGCGAUGGCCUUCGAAACGAGACGAUGUCGAUGGGGAAGAGUACCGCCUGAAAAAGCGUGCUUACGGGAGCUUCAUCGAAGCAUACUUUCUCGCGAGUGGGAAAAUCCUACCAGAGGACUCGCCAGAAGUUAUCGGGCGCUACCGGUUCCAUUUCUUCCGCAAGUUGACUUCCAUGAAUGCAGGCUCGUGUCUAAUUCUGAACGAGAUCCAGUACAAACUGCAACAGUUAAGUCUGAGGUUCUGGGAUAGGAAGGCGACCUAA